GACUGUACUCCUUACUGUACUGCAGCUGAUGCCUCUGCUAUGCAAACAGGGUGGACGGACGGCGGUGUGCGCCUGUUGCGCGGUGUCGAUCUCACUCCAGCCGCUCCGGAGCAGCACCGCCUAAUGGACUCCUGUGGCCUGGAAGGCUGAUGGGCCGGUGGCCGCCAUUUCUCUUCUCCUUCCAGGAGUAUGCCAGAAGCCCACAAUGCCGCUGCUGCUGGACUGGCUGUUGCGCCACUCGGUGGCCAUGUGUCUGCUCCUGCACAGUUUUGUGCUCAUGACCUUCUGCUUCCAUCAUGCGGCCACCAGUUGCUCCAAAGGAUGCUACUGCUCGGAAACGGGUGAAGGGGUCAAGACGGUGCGCUGCAGCAACACCAGGCUUGGCGAGAUCCCUCAGGACAUCCCUAACGACACUCAUCGCCUCUACCUGGACUUCAACAAUAUUGCCGCCGUUCCCGCCGAUGCAUUCCGGGACCUCACGUUGCUGGUUGAACUGGAUUUGUCACACAACAUCAUUGCCAAGCUGGAAAGUGGAGCAUUCCGGGGCCUUAAUGAGAGGCUCCAGCUGCUGGACCUCUCCUCCAACAGGCUCAUGUCACUCAACAAGGAUGCCUUUGGCAACCUCAAAGCUCGAACGAACCUGUCCAACAACCCCUGGCACUGUGACUGCGCCCUGCAGAACUUGUUGCCCACCAUGGAGCUGGACCCAGUUUCCCUGGCUGGCAUAGUCUGUGAGACAGCCGUCCCAGAAGAGUAUGCUGGUAAGCCAUUCCUGCUGGCCAAGGAUGUGGACUUUUGCAAUGUUUCCAAAAAGACAACUGAUGUGGCCAUGUUGGUCACAAUGUUUGGCUGGUUCACCAUGGUCAUCUCCUAUCUGGUGUACUAUGUAAGGCAGAACCAGGAGGAUGCCCGCAGGCACCUGGAGUACCUCAAGUCCUUACCGAGCAAACAGAGGAAAUCUGAGGAGUCGUCUACCAUCAGCACGGUGGUGUAAACCAGGUGGCAACACCCCGAAGGACAUUACUGGAGACCCCAGGCAAGUGGGCGCUGGACUGGGCACGCUGAGUCUGAUUGCACACUUCCUAAGAUUUGAUGAUUCAGGCUCUGAUAUGCAAUCCAGUGUGAGUCUGGUGCUGAUCAGACAGGACAGGGAUCACCACCGCUGACCUUAACAAUUCCAUUUCAACGCGUCCUCAUGCCUUGAGUUUAGCUUUUCCUUCCAUAUUUUUAAUAUUAGACCCCCCACCCAAUUGUCAUGCUCUGUCAACUCCAAAGCUAACAUAUUCUGGAUUGUCCUAAUGUGUCCUGGCCUAUCAGAGGAAGUGGGUGUGUCCAGAUGUGUGGGCGGAGCCACACAUUUAACACGCAAUUCCGACCUCUGCCACUUCCACUCACAGGAAAGCACCUGUGAUGGUCUUUUAUAUCAAUGACUACCGUAUAAAGAAAAUUAAAAUGAACCCCACCUAUACCCACCUUGACGGCUGGAUUCUGACUGUGACUUUUUUUGACGUCUAUUUCAGAUGAGGGUCACUUAUGGCAUCCCCUUUCUCCACCUGAUGGAAUGUGAGGCGCCCACUCUUACGAGAUGCUACUUUCAUUCUUGAAUCCUGUUAGUGAUAUUUUGACACGUAAGAGUAUGAAUAAAGCGUUUGGACAGGGA